UUGAGGGACAACAAAUCGCCAGCAUCGAAGCAUCUUGUUUUGAGAAUACACAAGUUCUAUUCGCUAGUUCCUCUGCCGAGAUUCAGUGGAUUUUCGCGAGAUUUAUCGAACGAUCUCACGUUUGCCAGUUUAAUGGUGUUCGGCUGUGUUGAAACCAGUGAUCAACAAUAUCCGAGUGAUUAUUUCCCUAUCGUUGAUAAUGUAAAACUUGACAGUAACGUUUUUGCGUUGUAGCACCAAGAAACCACUCAGCACGCGACAAAUUAGUGUACAAUAAAAGACAUUCCGUUUGGCAGCUGUACCUUUCUCACUAUCAUUUUUAAUCUAUAUUGGAGCGAUAUAAAUUGCAAGUUCGUGAUUUGCUCCGAGUGCUUUCAGCAAACGCGUCAUUAUCGAAUUUCUGACAAAGCGAGAAGUCCUUGUUUUAGUAUAAAGUCCAAAAUAGUAAAAAAAAAAAAGGAGAAUGCCAGCGAAGGAGCGAAAUAUUGCCAUGAUGGGCUACCGAUCAGUAGGGAAGUCAUCUCUCAGUAUUCAAUUUGUUGAAGGGCAGUUCGUGGAUUCGUACGAUCCCACCAUUGAAAAUACAUUUACCAAAAUUACUCGCGUCAAUUCAACCGAUUACGAGGUGAAACUAGUGGACACAGCUGGUCAGGAUGAGUACAGCAUAUUCCCUGCCCAGUACAGCAUGGAUUUCCACGGGUAUGUUCUGGUCUACUCGAUCACUAGCCACAAGUCGUUCGAGGUGAUUCAGAUUAUUUACGAGAAAUUGCUCGAUGUUAUGGGCAAAGCAUACGUUCCAGUGGUCCUAGUAGGGAAUAAGACUGACUUGCACCAGGAGCGUGCUGUCUCCACAGAAGAAGGAAAAAAAUUAGCCGAAUCUUGGAAGGCACAAUUCCUGGAAACAUCAGCUAAGCAAAACGAGUCCGUGGCAGAUAUAUUUCACCUGUUACUACAGCAGAUCGAGCGUGAUAACGGAAACACGGGUGAGAAGAGCAGUUGUGUCAUCUCAUGAACAGCAAAGAGGAUUGCCAAGCAAAUGAUGAUCCCAUUGCAUCUCCCACACUUGAAUGUCUCAGCAAAACCAUCAUUGUCAUCGUCGUCGUUGUCGUCGUCAUCGUUCAAUAGCAGCAGCAGCAGCUGUCGGGCAGCGUUAUGCUUCCAGCUGUUCUGUGCACUAUGUACUGUUAGAUUGGUUAACUCGGGGUUUCACUAUUACUUCUACUUCUACUCAGAUUACACAGUGCUAUCUCAUCUGUGAACCAACAAGCAAUGUAUUCAAUAAUAUUUUUAAAACGUUCGACAUAUUAGGUGUUGAAUUUUUGACUAGACUAGACUAGACAAACGAUGGGAGGUAGCGAUUUACCGGCAAAACGAGUAAUUUUUUUUGUAUAUCAUUUUUAAAAGGGAAUCACUGUAAAUCAAGAAUGUGUCUGAGCGAAAGCGAUGCAAGCUAGAAAAGUAUAUAAAAGCAAAAGUGUAAAAAUAGUACCUAUGUUUAAAAAACUAUAUUUAAAGAGGAGAGUCGAAUAAAGUAGGAGACAAGUAAGUGGUUUCGCGACAAGCAGAAUAUGAUUGCAAACGGUUCAUGUACGGAUCUAUCAGCUAGAUAACAGUUUGCCGCACAUUUAGAUUGACAUAGAUGAGUUUGAGAUGAAUAUGACACUAGUGGAGUAAAACUAAACGUCUUUUCAACUGUUGCUCUUCCAAAAACAGGUCACUCAAUAGCCCCAAGUUCGUGAGGACUUUUCUUUAUUACUGCCCGGGUAGCACAAAUGUGGGGUGUGCUGUAGAAUUGGAACUAUAUUAUAUAGAUCAAGAAGGGAGACAGUGGAGGUGAUUCCGUGAUGUUCACAAAUUGUCCAGAACCUGAAAGGAGUAAUUUUCGUUUCUACGUUGUUAUCCUGUUUUUUUUUCACGACACGGGGUUCAACCAAAUUGAACCUUUGGGAUCGUAAUCAUACAUCCAUUGAGAUUACCACUUGUGUGGAUCACAUUAAUGCAGCAGAUCGAUAUGCAAAUCUCUUUGGGGAUCAUUUCAGUACCAAAUUGAGUAGUUGAGAACCAUUCUAAUAAACAUCCCUUCACAAAAGAGCAACAGUCGAGGAAUCCCGGUGUAUGAAAGUAAAAAAAAAAACAUAAAACACGACCUAACGGAACACAUUGGUUAAAUGACAGACAGGUUAAAUUUAGACGCACCACGCACUUAACGUAGCUCGGUAGCAGAAGCGAACCUACCAGUGUAAUCUUUACACAUUCUCUAUUUUUCCACGAGUUUUUUUCCGUCAACACCUAAUUACAAUCAUAAAAAAUGAAUACUUAUUUUUCAGAUGAAUAAAAAUCUUUAUUUUUAGUAUAUAUUUUUCUUUAGUAUAUAUAGCUAAUGACGGAAAAUUAAAAGAUACGUAGUUCAGUAGACCACAUAAAGUUUUCGUAAUCGACAUUGAAAAGAGAAAGAAAAAAUCAAUUAAGUUGAGUUGAAAUAAAUACAGAAGGGUUCAUUUUCAGGGAUGACCAAAAGCA